AUGGAUUCAGACAAUACAGAUUCACACAGUCCCUUGUUUUUGGUGUGUCCUCGAGAGGUCACCACUCUAGAAUACCAAACAACAGGACUUACAGCCACGGCCUACAAUUCCCAAAAUCGAGUGCAGAAAAUCCUUAUUAGAAAAUUGAAGAUCUUAGGGACCACGCAGAUCUUGUUUGGAAUCAUGAACUUUUCGUUUGGAGUUGUUUUCCUUUUCAUGUUGGUAAACCCAUACCCAAGGUUUCCUUUUAUACUCAUCUCCGGAUAUCCAUUCUGGGGCUCUGCUUUGUUCAUUAACUCUGGAGCCUUUCUGAUUGCUCUGAAAAGAAAAACUACAGACACUCUGAUAAAAUUGAGCCACGUGAUGAAUUUACUUAGUGCCUUGGGAGCAGCAGCUGGAAUCAUUCUCCUCGUAUUUGGUUUCCUUCUAGAUGGAGAAUUCAUCUGUGGCUAUUCUCCAGACGGUACUCAGUGUGGUGUUAUUACCAUUCUAUUCAUUGGGAUUUUGAUUAUGUUGAUGAUCUUCAGCAUUGCUGAAUUGUUCAUUUCCCUCUUUUCCUCAAUUUUGGGAUGCUCCUCAGAAGAAUGUGGGCAAUGCUGUUGA